AUGUCUCUCCUCCUCCGCACCCUCCUUGCAACCCACUCCUUUCUCUCCUCCCUCGCAACCUUCUUCACGCUCACUGUCACCUCCGCCAACAGCCGCCGUUUACUACCACCGCCACCACCCCCAAUAGAGCUAACGAACGAGAAUGCGCGGACGAGGGAGCAUGUUGCUGUUGUUUUUAGGAGGGGGAGAAAUGGGGGAAAUGGAGGGGAAACUGUGAAUUGUAAUGGGCGGAUGGAAGGGGAAGGGUUGGUUGAGGAAGUAGAGAGGAUUGUUGGAUGGUGUUUGGAGGCUGGGGUCAGGGUGUUGACGGUCUUUGAUGAUAAGGGCCUCCUAAAAACCAAAGCCGCCCACCUGCACCGCACCCUCAAAUCCACCCUCAGCCCCUCCAUAAAGCAGCCAUACACCAUCGGAUCAUCCACCCCACCACGGCAAGAGGAAUCCGACCCUGUAGUUGUCCAAGUAUACACCAGCGGCCGCCGUAUCCCCAAAACGACAGCCCAACAACGCACAGACGAAGCGGUAGACGUUGACAGCGCGCAUAAUUCGGAUGACGAGGGGGGAACUAUCGACCUGCACAUCAACAUCGUCUCCCCAACGGACGGCCGACAAGCCCUUGUCGAUGCCGCAAAGGCGCUCGCUCGCGAGGCUAUCACCAAAACAUCUCCCACCAUCGUUGAUGUCGAUAUCGUGGACCGCAUACUCCAUAAAGGACGAGAUGCAUCCCUCCGUAUAAACAGCAGCGAACCACAACUCGUCUUCCUGACACAUACGGAUCCGGAGUUUAUCACAAUUGGGAAUUUCCUGCCAUGGGAGAUCCGGUUGUCGGAGUUUUGGCCUGUACCAAGGGAGCUGACACAGGCGGAGUUUGUGGACGGGUUGCGGCAUAUGGCGUCGUGCCAGCAGCGGUUCGGGAAAUGA